UCGGGCGUGAAUGCGCUGGCCGCAUGACGCCUCGACUCUUCCUUCUUAUUGUUGACAACCACACAGCUUUUAGGCUGUCGACGGACAUGCGGACACGAUAAUCGCAGCAGUCAUGCCGUACAAGGCGCCCGUGGCUGCGAAGCCUUCGAAACAGAUCUUCGACCCGUUCAACUCGUCCGCCACCGGCCACCAACGCGCCGAAAACCGACUCGGUGGGAGUACUUCAUGGCGCGAUUCGAGGAGUCUGAAGCUGCGCGAACAAUUCAGUGCUGGUAGCGGGGGUGGCAAGCGCAUGAACGAUACCGUCGGUGCUGGCAGUCUAGACUUUGGGCAAGAUGGUCGGACUGAGAAUGGCGGAUGGGAGAGAGGAGCAAAGGGCUUGCGAACGGGAGGUCGGCAAAGCAUCUGGGAGAACAUGAAAGUCAAGAAGGAAGAGGAAAGCGAACGACCGGCGAAGCGCGUCAAGACGGAUUCGUCAACAUCGAAACCGAGUACAAUCGUAAGCCCGUUCACGCCAUACAAGAAGCAGGAUGGAACAAUCCGCGAAACAAGCUGGACUUCACACGAGUUGUCGCCAUCAGAUCUGCUCGAGCCAAUAUACACGCCAGAGAAACCCGACGAGUCCGCGAACGUCAUGGUCAAGCAGGAGCAGGACUCGACACAAUUCGGGACAGCAGCGGACAACAGUACUGUUGCGGCUGUGGAAGAAGAUGAGGUUGCAAAGAAACCAGCUGCACCACAGAUCUUCACUAAUCUCACGAUAUACCUCAACGGCUGCACAGCACCCCUUUCAGACCACAAGCUCAAACACCUCAUCAGCACUCACGGUGGCAAUAUGUCAAUAUCACUGGGCCGAAGAACAGUCACCCAUGUAAUCCUAGGCAGGAUCAACGCAAAUGGGGGCGCUGGCGGUGGACUUGCCGGAAGCAAAAUCCAGAAAGAAAUUGCGACUCUGCGCGGCAAAAGCGUCAAAUUCGUCACAGCCGAAUGGAUUGUAGACAGCAUCAAGGCUGACAAGAGACUGCCCGAGAGCAGAUACGAAGCGACGAAGUUGGCGCCAAAGGGCGUAGCCAAUAUCAGUACUAUGUUUAAGCCGACAGGGAAACCGUGACAGUCAUGCAUGAGGAAAGGAGUUUUGGGAAGGCCCGGGUCAUGAUUGACAUUCUGAGAUACCCGGCGAUUAUUAGCGCCACUGCAUAGAAAGG